AUGACCAAAACAGAGUGUACAGAAUUCUCAAAGGAAUUACUAAAAAGUGAGACGGGAGGGAAGAAUAAGAAAGGGUGGAGGUGGUCAAAAGGCAUCGCACCGCCGUACUGCUCAUUUGACCAGACAACGCCAGUGAGGUCAAGCCACAAUCACGUCUGGUUUCUUAACGCAAGACUUUUGAAUCUGCCCUCUCUCAUCUUUCAUGUAGAUUUUGCACUGGCUGAUAGCAAUACAGUGGCUCCUCUGUGCCCCAAAGGGCAUUUUCCCUGUGGGAAUCUCACCAAGUGCUUGCCCCGAGCCUUUCACUGUGAUGGCGUGGAUGACUGCGGAAAUGGCGCUGACGAGGACAACUGUGGUGACACUAGUGGAUGGACGACCAUAUUUGGCACAGUCCGUGGGAAUGUCAGUAAAGUGACAUUGACACAGGAGUGCUUUCUCAGACAGUAUCCACAGCACUGUUACUGCAGAGAAAAUGAACUGGAAUGUAUAAAGGCCAACUUGAAAGCUGUGCCAAAGGUUUCCAGCAAUGUAACAUUACUAUCUCUUAAGAAAAACAAAAUUCACAGACUUCCAGGCAAGGUUUUCAGCAAAUACACAGAACUCAGAAAGAUAUACCUUCAGCACAACUGCAUCACACACAUCUCCAGGAGAGCAUUCCUUGGAUUACAUAAUCUACAAAUACUGUACCUCAGCCAUAACUGCAUCACCUCUCUCAGGCCGGGGAUAUUCAAAGACCUGCAUCAGCUUGCUUGGCUAAUUUUAGAUGACAACCCGAUCACCAGAAUCUCACAGAGGUCCUUUACGGGAUUAAGCUCCUUGUUUUUCUUGUCUAUGGUGAGGAACCAGCUCGAGGCCCUUCCUGAAAGGCUGUGUGCCCAGAUGCCUCAACUCAACUGGGUGGACCUGGCAAACAAUGGGAUAAAGUAUGUAAGGAACUCCACCUUCCUGACCUGCGGCUCGCUCACGGUUCUGUUUCUGCCUAGAAAUCAAAUUGGUUUUGUUCCAGAGAAGACAUUUUCUUCAUUAAAAAAUUUAGGAGAACUGGACCUGUCUAGCAAUAUGAUAACAAAACUCCCAGUACACCUUUUCAGCGACCUGCAUCUUCUCCAAAAGCUGAACCUGUCGUCCAACCCUCUUCUGUAUGUCCACAAGAACCAGUUUGGAAGUCUCAAACAACUUCAGUCUCUAGACCUGGAAAGGAUAGAGAUUCCAAACAUAAACACAGGCAUGUUCCAGCCCAUGAAGAACCUUUCUCACAUUUAUUUGAAAACCUUUCGCUACUGCUCCUAUGUUCCCCAUGUCCGAAUCUGUAUGCCGUCGACUGAUGGUAUUUCUUCAUCUGAGGACCUCUUGGCUAACGGUAUCCUCAGAGUGUCUGUCUGGGUUAUAGCUUUCAUUACCUGCGUCGGAAAUUUCCUUGUCAUAGCCGUGAGAUCUCUCAUUAAGGCCGAGAACACGACUCAUGCUAUGUCCAUCAAAAUCCUUUGUUGUGCCGACUGCCUGAUGGGGGUGUACCUGUUCUCCGUGGGCGUCUUUGACAUCAAGUACCGAGGGCAGUAUCAGAAGUAUGCGCUGCUGUGGAUGGAGAGUGUGCCCUGCCGCCUGCUGGGCUUCCUGGCCACGCUGUCCACGGAGGUCUCCGUCAUGCUGCUGACAUUCCUGACCUUGGAGAAGUUCCUGGUCAUCGUGUUCCCGUUCAACAACCUGCGCCUGGGCAAGUGCCAGACUGCCGUGGUCCUUGCCAGCAUCUGGGUGGCGGGAUUUCUCCUAGCGGCCAUUCCCUUCACCAGCGAGGAUUAUUUUGGCAACUUCUAUGGGAAAAAUGGAGUCUGCUUUCCACUUCAUUACGACCAAGCAGAAGAUUUUGGAAGUAGAGGGUACUCCCUUGGGAUUUUCCUAGGUGUGAACUUGCUGGCUUUCCUCGUCAUCGUGUUUUCCUAUGUCACCAUGUUCUGCUCCAUUCAGAAAACGUCACUUCAGACUGCAGAAGUGAGGAGCCACAUCGGGAAGGAGGUGGCUGUUGCGAACCGGUUCUUUUUUAUCGUGUUCUCUGAUGCCAUCUGCUGGAUUCCUGUGUUUGUCGUUAAGAUCCUGUCUCUCCUUCAAGUGGAGAUACCAGGCACAAUCACUUCCUGGAUCGUGGUUUUUUUCCUUCCGGUAAACAGCGCCUUAAACCCCAUCCUCUACACUCUCACCACCUCCUUUUUUAAGGACAAGUUGAAACAGUUGCUGCACAAACAUCGGAGGAAAUCCGUUUUCAAAGUUAAGAAGAAAAGUUUAUCUGCUUCCAUUGUGUGGACAGACGACUCCUCACUUAAACUUGGAGUGUUGAACAAAAUAGCCCUUGGGAACAGUAUAAUGAAGCCGGUCUCCCCGUAGUGGUUUUGGAUCACUGGACUUUGAGGGCACUACCUAAAACAAGGUACAAUUUGGGGAAGAUGGCAUCUGAGACGGUUUCCAGCCUG